CCAGAAGCUCCUUCUAGUUUCAUUACUAUAAUAACUAAUAAAUAGUUGCAAAGUUUGCGAUAAUGGCCGAUGAAGAAUUCGACGACAACGAUGUAGGAGACGAUUACGAUGAUGAUGUAGAAGAUGACAACAUCGAUGAACUGGAACAGCCCGAAGAAGACGGGGAUAACAUAGAUAUACUUGCCCCCGGGCAAGCAGGGGGCGGUGUGCCGAAAAGCAAACGCAUUACUACCAAAUAUAUGACCAAAUACGAAAGAGCUAGAGUUUUGGGUACAAGGGCUUUGCAAAUAGCCAUGUGUGCUCCAGUUAUGGUUGAACUCGAUGGCGAGACGGAUCCUUUGCAAAUAGCAAUGAAAGAAUUAAAACAGAGAAAAAUCCCGAUUAUCAUUCGAAGGUAUUUACCUGAUCACUCGUACGAGGAUUGGGGAAUCGAUGAAUUGAUUAUAAUAGAUCAUUAGUUUUGUACAAAAAUCCUUUUAAUAUAGUUUUUUUAUAAGAUAA